GUUAGGCGUUAGCUGAGGCCUGAGGGACACACAGAUAUUCUAUGGAGAUAGCAAAACCAGAGGGCCACAAUUGAGUAUUUGACGUACUGCGCAAUAAAAGCAGAGUUAGGCGUUAGCUGAGGCCUGAAGGGACACAAUUGAGUAAUUGACGUACUUGUGUUGUGUAUCUACUGCAUCCCCCACAAAUCUCCAUCUCUUGCAUACACACAUUUGCAGGUCAUCUUGUCUCAUCCUCAAACUCUAGACGGUUAAAAAAAAAAACAAAGCCGAUCAAUGGAGCUGCCUAAGAAUUCGGCCCAGGACCACGAAACCCAGCCCGCGAAACAGAUUUUCAUCUUAUCGGGUCAGAGCAACAUGGCGGGCCGCGGCGGCGUCGACAAGCACAAGCACUGGGACGGCGUCGUUCCACCAGAAUGCUCCGCCGACGCCCACAAAAUCUCCCGGCUCAACGCGCACCUCCAGUGGGAGGCGGCGCGCGAGCCUCUCCACCGCGACAUCGACACCAAGAAGACGUGCGGCGUGGGGCCGGGGAUGUCGUUCGCCAACGCGGUGAAGGAGCGCGUGGGCGCGGUCGGCCUCGUGCCGUGCGCCGUUGGCGGGACCGCGAUCAGGGAGUGGGCGCGCGGCGCCGAUCUGUACGAGAACAUGGUGAAGCGCGCCAAGGCGGCCGCGGCCGCCGGCGGAGAAAUCAAGGGGCUGCUGUGGUACCAGGGGGAGAGCGAUACGGCGUCGCAGCAGGAUGUGGAUUCGUACAAAGACAAUGUUGAAGCCCUAAUUCACAAUGUGCGCGCAGAUCUGGAUUUGCCAUCGCUACCCUUUAUUCAGGUUGCAAUUGCAUCUGGAGACGAAAAAUAUCUUGAGAAGAUAAGGGAAAUACAAAAGGGAAUUGAUCUGCCAGAUGUUGUGUGUGUAGACGCUAAGGGGCUGCCGCUGAAAGAAGAUAAUCUUCAUCUUACUACCGAAGCUCAGGUUGAGUUGGGCCGUAAGCUGGCGGACGCUUAUCUAACUCAUUUUCUGGGCUAAUAUAAAAUUUGGUCUGCUUCACUUGGAAAGCUCAUAUCAUUCAGGGAUAUGAAUGAGCUUUGAAUUGUGAUCUAGAGACUAUGUGCUCAGCCACAAGUCUGUGAGCUUGCAUAAUAUGUGCUUGAGAAUUCCACUAUUACUUUUUCUUUUGUUUUCAGCUGGUAUAAAUAAAUUUUACUAAUGCGGCAAAUCAUGCAUUGGGUGCACAAUAACAUGGCAAAUGUAUUUGUAUGGAACUGUAAUAGUGUAUGAUUUCAAUUGUUGUGUGUUACUGCUACUCAUUGUACUACUCUCUUACAAGUUACAAGUUGUAGUUGAGAUAUCCAAGCCUAACUUUUCACAGUUAAUAUUUAAUACGCAUCAAAUGAUUAAUUUUAAUCUUUUUACAUCAUGGACGAAAAAUAUUGCGGCAUAAUGGAGGGAUCAUGGAUGGUAUUUCCAUCAUAUUUGGACAAUUGUGGACUACUAACCAUGGAGUACAUAUAAGAGAAAAUUACUCCCUCAACGAGAGCUUCCAAAUUGGUGGGAGUGGUGGGAGGACAUUUGUGCUAGCUCUCUUUUCAUAAAGAUGAAGGAUAGAGUGAUUCUAUCUUUAUGCCUCAUGUGGAGAAUUUGGAAAGCUAGGAGCAACACAAUUUUCAUAAAUGAACCAUUUAGUGAGGAGAGAGUUGUUGCAGGAGCAAGGAAGGAUUGGCUGGAACUUUCUCAAAUUAUAGUUGAUGAUCAGAACCAGCUGGAGGAGGAAUCAUACACUGAUUACAAAAGGAGACAAUUUUCCAAGAAGACAGGGAUGGGAAAAAGCUUGAAGAAUGGCAGAAAGAAGAAGCUGGGGUAGAGGAUAUUCAGACUGAUGUAUUGCUUGCAGUAAGAGGAGCUUUGAUGGGAGCUUCUAGAAGAAAAUGGCAAAACAUUCUGUGCAGUAUUUCUGAAUAUGACACUUUACUACAGCUACAGGCCAAAAAGGAAAUUAAAUCUUCUUUAUCUGGGGUGUUUGAGGAUAUUUUGCAGCUGUCCAAGAGCUUUGAUUUCUGUAUA